AUGGCGGAGGCGGCGGCGGCGGCCGCCGACCGGGGCGAGCGGGGGCGGUCCUGGUACCUCAGCAAGGAGGAGAUCGAGCGCGGGUCGCCGUCCCGGCGGGACGGCGUCGGCGCCGCCAAGGAGGCCCAGCUCCGGGCCACCUACUGCUGCUUCAUCCGCGACGUCGGCCUCAGGCUCCGCCUGCCCCAGAUCACAAUCGCGACGGGGAUGCUGCUCUGCCACCGCUUCUACCUCCACCAGUCCCACGCCAAGAACGAGUGGCAGACUGUUGCAACAGCUUGCAUUUUUCUUGCCUCGAAGAUUGAGGACACGCCUUGCCAAUUAGAUUGUGUGGUAAUCAGGUGCCAUGAAACAAUGUACAAGAAGAACCCUGUUGCUGCUCGCAGAAUCAGUCAGAAGGCGAUUCUUGAGAAACAGAAGGCCCUAAUUUUGGCAGGGGAGGCGCUAUUGCUUUCAACCAUUAGAUAUGAUCUCAACAUACAGCAUCCUUAUGAGCCACUAAAUGUCGCUCUCAAGAAACUCGGGAUCUCCCACAAGGAAGUGAAACAAUCUGCAACUAAUCUCAUAAAUGAUACGCUUCGGACUACAUUGGUAGUGCAAUUAAAACCACACUACAUUGCUGCUGGAUCUCUCUCCCUUGCUGCUAGGUUUCACAAUGUCAGGCUUCCUACUGAAAAUGGAAAAGUAUGGUGGCAGCAGUUCGAUAUUGCUCCAAAACUCUUGGAAGCUGCUAUCCAGCAAAUGAAAGAGCUAUUUAUGAAAAGAAACCAGCUCCCCAAGAGUCCUGCUAUCCAGCCCACUCCAGCUCAGAAUCCGGUGGAGAAACAGCAGAUAGUAAGCACGACUCCUGCUAUCCAGCCCACUUCAGCUCAGCCUCUGGUGGAGAAACAGCAGAUAACAAGCACGACUCCUGCUAUCCGGGCCGUUCCAGCUCAGACCCCGGUGCAGAAACAGCCGACAAUAAGCACGAGUCCUGCUAUGCGGCCCAUUCCAGCCCAGGACCGGGCGGAGAAACUGCAGAAAAGGAGCAUGACUCCUGCUAUCCGGCCCCUUCCAGCUCAGACCCCAGUGGAGAAACAGCAGGCAAUAAGCAAAACUCCUGCUAUCCGGUCUGUUCCAGCUCAGGACCCGGUGGAGAAACAGCAGACAAGAAGCACGACUCCUGCUAUCCGGCCCAUUCCAGCUCAGACCCCGGUGGAGAAACAGCAGGCAAUAAGCAAAACUCCUGCUAUCCGGUCUGUUCCAGCUCAGGACCCGGUGGAGAAACAGCAGACAAGAAGCACGACUCCUGCUAUCCGGCCCAUUCCAGCUCAGACCCCGGUGGAGAAACAGCAGGCAAUAAGCAAAACUCCUGCUAUCCGGUCUGUUCCAGCUCAGGACCCGGUGGAGAAACAGCAGACAAGAAGCACGACUCCUGCUAUCCGGCCCAUUCCAGCUCAGACCCCGGUGGAGAAACAGCAGACAAGAAGCAAAACUCCUGCUAUCCGGUACGUUCCACCUCAGGAUCCGGUGGAGAAACAGCAGACUAGAAGCAAGACUCCUGCUAUCCGGUACGUUCCACCUCAGGAUCCGGUGGAGAAACAGCAGACUAGAAGCAAGACUCCUGCUAUCCGGCCCAUUCCAGCUCAGACCCCGGUGGAGAAACAACAGACAAUAAGUAUGGCUCCUGCUAUCCGGUCUUUUCCAGCUCAGACCCCGGUGGAGAAACAGCAGAUAAUAAGCACGACUCCUGCUAUCCAGCCCACUUCAGCUCAGCCUCCGGUGGAGGAACAGCAGCUAAUAAGCACGACUCCUGCUAUCCAGCCCACUUCAGCUCAGCCUCCGGUGGAGAAAAAGCAGAUAAUAAGCACGACUCCUGCUAUCCGGCCUGUUCCAGCUCAUACCCCGGUGGAGAAACAGCAAAUAAUAAGCACGACUCCUGCUAUACAGCCCACUUCAGCUCAGCCUCUGGUGGAGAAACUGCAAAUAAUAAGCACGACUCCUGCUAUCCAGCCCACUUCAGCUCAGCCUCUGGUGGAGAAGAAGCAGAUUAUAAGCUUCCCGAAGCCUGUUCUGAAGUAUACAUACUCAAGGAGAGGCCUAAAAAGGCCUGCUCCAGAUCCAGUUCCAUCGCCAACUCUGGUGGAGAAACAGCAGAUGAAAAACACAGUGGGUCCUGUUUUGGGGCAGGAGCUCUCUACCAGUGGAAGCCUAAAUAGGCCAACUUUAGCUACAACUACAACUCCAGCUCCGGUGAAGAAACAGAAGAUAGGAAGCACCCCGGACUCUGUGGGGCAUACACAGUCUUCAGUUGGAGGCACAAUGCCCACUAGAGCUCCAGUUAGAGCUAGAACACCGGUGAGGAAACAGAAAAUAAGAACGCAAGACUCUGUUCCGAGGCACACUCGCCCUUCAGACGGAGGCGAAAGAAGUCCUGUUCCAGUUCCAGCUCGAACUAGAACUCCGGUGAGGAAACAGCAGAUAAUAAGCAUCCAAGUCCCUGUUCUGAGGCAUCCUCAACCUUCAGUUGGAGGUGAAAGAAGGUCCACGACAGCUCUAGCUAGAUCUCCGGUGAGGAAACAGCAGACAAUAAGCACCCCAGACUUUGAUCUGAGGCAGACAAAUCCUUCAGUCGGAGGCGUAAGAAAGUCCACUGCAGCUCCAGCACCAGCUCGAGCUAGAAGUCCGGUGAGGAAACCGCAUACUCACCCUUCAGCUGGAGGCGAAAGAAGGUCUUCUGCAGCUCCAGCUAGAUCUCCGGUCAGGAGAGAGCAGAUAAUAAGCACCCCAGACUCUGUUCUGAGGGAUACAAAUCCUUCAGUCGGAGGCGAAAGACAGCCCACUACAGCUCCAGCUCGAGCUCAAGCUGGAAGUCCGGAGAGGAAACCGCAUACUCACCCUUCGGCUGGAGGUGAAAGAAGGUCUGCUACAGCUCUAGCUAGAUCUCCGGUGAGGAAAGAGCAGAUAAUAAGAACCCCAGACUCUGUUCUGAGGGAUACAAAUCCUUCAGUCGGAGGCAAAAGACAGCCCACUACAGCUCCAGCUCGAGCUCGAGCUGGAAGUCCGGAGAGGAAACCGCAUACUCACCCUUUGGCUGGAGGUGAAAGAAGGUCUGCUACAGCUCUAGCUAGAUCUCCGGUGAGGAAAGAGCAGAUAAUAAGCACCCCAGACUCUCUUCUGAGUCAUACAAAUCCUUCACACAGAGGCCUAAAAAGCAAUAACUUUGAUAGACAUGCUUCCAGGCGUAUGCGUGUGGACAGUUCAGUUCAUCGAGAUUCCGCUGCCAGCUCUGGAAGGAAUGAAGAUAGCAUGCCACAGCGAAUGCAUGUGGAUCAUAGCUUGAAUAAAACUACCAAGGAUGGUAGGCCAGAGGUGCUAACUCUCCGGGAAGCUCUAAGAGCUGAUCAUGUCUACCCUGUUCGCAGCGGACCGAAAGAUGUAAAUAUGGCGAGGGUGACAAACUUUGUCAACAAGAGAAAGAUUCAGGAGGCUGCAGAGCAUCCAGCUCUGGUUAAUAAACCUGACGGAGAUGCUUGGACGGGGCCGCAGAUUAGAAGUGUCAUUGUUGCCCCACCGUCCUUGAAGAAACAGAAGAUCUAGUCAGAGUUUAAAUUACUGUUCUGUAAAGAUCCAUUGGUACUGCUAUUAAGACAAUGGUUGCUCGCAGAGAUGAUAAAUUAUUGUGAAUGGUGAUAAGAUAUAGAUGCCUUGUAAACUGGUUGUUGGCUUUGUUGAAGAGGAAUAGAGAUGAAAACCCUUGACUCUGGGCAGUGGGCAGAAUGUUGCUGCCGAGUUUUGUAUGUUUGGAGGCGCUUGAUUCGUGCCGAGAAGGAAUGGAGAUGAAAUCCACCAUUGCUGUGUAAAUUGAUGUAGGCAUGAAAGAUCUGUUGUCUAAUCUAGCCUAGGAAACCUAGGACUUGUGAUGAAAACCGACAUUGUUGUGUAUAUUUAUGUAUGUAUAUGAAGGCAUCUGUUUUGUCAUUCAGCCUAGGAAACUGAGAUGAAAUAGAGGUGAUAGCCGAGAAUGCUGUGUAGAUUUGAUGUAUGCAUGAAGGCAUCUAUUUGUCUAAUUUAGCCUAGGAAUCAUUCUUUCCUGUACAAACAUAACUUGUACAUGUAACUUGUUGUAUAUAAUGAAUUUUGUUGC